AUGGCCUCGGCCGCCUCGGCCGCCAUGGCCUCACCCUCGUCACCGCCCUUCACGCCCUCGAAGCAGUCCUACAUCGCCAUCGGCCUCGAGGGCUCCGCAAACAAGCUCGGCAUCGGCCUCAUCCGCCACACCCCCGCCGAGACCACCGUCCUCGCCAACCUGCGCCGCACCUUUGUCUCGCCGCCCGGCACCGGCUUCCUGCCCAAGGACACCGCCGCCCACCACCGCCGCCACCUCGUCGCCCUCGCCCGCGACGCCCUCGCCGCCGCGUCCGCCGCCCACGGCGCCGCCCACCCCCUCACCCCCGCCGACGUCGACUGCGUCUGCUUCACCCAGGGGCCCGGCAUGGGCGCUCCGCUCUCCGCCGUCGCCCUCGCCGCCCGCACCCUCAGCCUCCUCUGGCAGAGGCCCCUCGUCGGCGUCAACCACUGCGUCGGCCACAUCGAGAUGGGCCGCCACGUCACCGGCGCCCACAACCCCGUCGUCCUCUACGUCUCGGGCGGCAACUCCCAGGUCAUUGCCUACGCCGAGCGCCGCUACCGCAUCUUUGGCGAGACGCUCGACAUCGCCGUCGGCAACUGCCUCGACCGCUUCGCCCGCACCCUCGCCAUCAGCAACGACCCGGCCCCCGGCUACAACAUCGAGCAGCUCGCCAAGCAGGGCUCCCGCCUCCUCGAGCUGCCCUACACCGUAAAGGGCAUGGACUGCUCCUUUGGCGGCAUCCUCACCGCCGCCGACGGCCUUGCCGCCCAGAUGCGCGCCAGCCCCGCCACCGCCGGCUUCACCCCCGCCGACCUCUGCUUCUCCCUCCAGGAGACCGUCUUCGCCAUGCUCGUCGAAAUCACCGAGCGCGCCAUGGCCCACGUUGGCUCCGCCCAGGUCCUCAUCGUCGGCGGCGUCGGCUGCAACGAGCGCCUCCAGCAGAUGAUGGGCCACAUGGCCCGCGAGAGGGGCGGCUCUGUCUACGCCACCGACGAGCGCUUCUGCAUCGACAACGGCAUCAUGAUUGCCCACGCCGGCCUGCUCGCCUACCAGACGGGCUUCCGCACCCCGCUCGCCCAGAGCCAGUGCACCCAGCGCUUCCGCACCGACGAGGUCUACGUCCGGUGGAGGGACUGA